CCCAGCCUCAUUUUUUUUCUCUUUUAAACCCUCCCUUUGCCAGAUUUGAGGAGGGAGUGGGAAUGCCCUGCCCUGGAAGGAGGAAAGUGGUGGUGGUUUAUAGUGUAGACCCUUUCUCUUGAAACUUUUUUUCCCCCGAGACAGGGUUUCCCCGUGUAGCCCUAGCUGUCCUGGAACUCACUCUGUUACCAGGCUGACCUUGAAUUGAGAUCCACUUGCCUCUGCCUCCUGAACGCUGGGAUUAAAGGCGUGCAACACCAGCGCCCAGCUGACCCUUUUCCUUUAAAACCCUAGGCCGGCCCAGAUUUCCCAGAGACCGUAGAGGUGGCUCCAGACUCCUCCCUCCGUGUCUUCCGGUUCUGGUUGCGCUCGGUAGCGUUUAAAUUUCGCGCGCUUAAUACGGAUUGGCCCCUCGCACGGGUGCUUCGCCUGCGGCUCGCGGCUACUCCGCCUUGCUUUCUUCCCCGGGUAAAAGGUUUUCAAAUUGGACCAAUCGCUGGGCGAGCUCUCUCCGCCUCGGCGCGUCACCGAAGGGUUAAUUGCAACCAACCAGAGGCCGGUGUGCAGGAAAAGAGCCAAUCAGGCGGGCGCGGGGGCGUGUCCGGUGAGCUUAUAAGGGCGAGCUCGCCCGCGCGCGGCGACAGUUGACUGCGGCGGUUGGCAGUUGCUCUGGUUCGUUGGCGUUCGCGCUCUCCCUCUCUCUGCUCUUCUACCUCGUGAACACACCAUGUCGGGUCGCGGCAAGACCGGAGGCAAGGCCCGCGCCAAGGCCAAGUCGCGCUCGUCGCGCGCCGGCCUGCAGUUCCCCGUGGGCCGCGUGCACCGGCUGCUGCGGAAGGGCCACUAUGCCGAGCGCGUGGGCGCGGGCGCGCCCGUGUACCUGGCGGCCGUGCUCGAGUACCUGACGGCCGAGAUCCUGGAGCUGGCGGGCAACGCGGCCCGGGACAACAAGAAGACGCGCAUCAUCCCGCGCCACCUGCAGCUGGCCAUCCGCAACGACGAGGAGCUCAACAAGCUCCUGGGCGGCGUGACGAUCGCGCAGGGCGGCGUCCUGCCCAACAUCCAGGCCGUUUUGCUGCCCAAGAAGACCAGCGCCACCGUGGGGCCCAAGGCGCCGGCGGGCGGCAAGAAGGCCACCCAGGCCUCGCAGGAGUACUAAGGGCGCCCGCGCCGUGGCCGCCCAGCCCUCCCCACACCUCCACAAAGGCCCUUUUCAGGGCCACCACUUCCCGCACAGAAAGAGCUGAGCCACUUAGGGCCACUGCGGGCCGGGCCGCCUCGUCCCCAUUCUUUCCUUCUCCUUCUGCCCUCGCGCGUUUCCGCCUCCCUUUUCCCCUGCACGGCCUCCGGGUCAGCCACGGAGGACGCGGGCGCCGCGGCACCUGCCCCAUCCCGGAGCUUCGCCGAUCUCCGCCUUCGAUGGGCCGCGCGGAGAGGCUGCGGCGCCUUCCAGAAGUCUCGGCUUUUUGCUGUGACGUACGGCCGAGGUGGGCCUGAAGGCCGGUGUGUGGUGUGGCCGGGACUAAAAGCACUGUAUUACGAACCGAUUUUCCCCAGGAUGCCUCCUGGAAAGGGUUUGGGAGACGCUUGCAAGGCCUGUGGACAGAAGAGCUGUGUUCCUGCCGCAGGAGACUGGCAGCCGGGCCUAGCCAUCCCCCUUUUCUCCCCAGCGACUCGACUCAACCCAAACACCUAGAUACCAGCACAAGUCGGUGAAUCCCUCUCUGGACUGAGCCUCGGUUGGCUUCUGAACUGGAAUUUUGCAGCUAUCCCAAGUUUAGAACCUUAGGUAGUGGGGAGUUUCGAUGGGCUAAUUUUAUUAAAGGAUUGUUUGGUUUUUUAAAAA